GACUUUGAAAGGACGUACAACAACAAGACUGCCCGUAUUUCCACCACAUUUUCUGAACAUGAAUGCGAGCAUCAUGACAAACUUAACUGAAAACAACCUGGAUGACAACCACUCCCCCACCAACAAUCAAACUUAUGCCAACAUCUUUGCAGAGGCGACUUCCAAUACAACCGCCUAUAUUUCAACUUUCAACAUGACCAACACCUCACUGGACUUCAAUACAUCGGAAGUCACCUUGGAUUUUUGCGUCACAGAAAAGCCACCAUCGAUAGUCCCCAUAUUGGACUGCCUACUUUUCCUUCCAGUUCUAAUUGGAAACGGGCUCGUUUUCAUGCUCUUUGCUCGAAACAUUAAGAGGGUGGUGUCAGUUGACAUAUACAUCAUCAAUCUGGUGAUCUCGGACAUACUAUUUGCUUUGACCCUGCCCAUCUUUGCCGCGGAAAAUAUGACUACCGAAUACAUGGGUGUAAUACCAUGCGUCUGCGUGAACGCAGUCUUCACCACGUGCCUCUACGUGCACAGCCUCUCGCUUUGCUGCUUGAGCGUCUAUCAGUACUUAACGGCAGCACACACCAACUUCAUUCUGAAAUACCACAAGAUCAUGUACACGACGACCAUAUGCCCCUUGAUUUGGAUUUUCGCCGUAUUGCUCGCGGUACCCGACAUCAUUCUCUUUAACAACCCCCAAAUAGACUUCUGCACGCGAUUCACGUUGGAUAAAUACGCGCUUUCAUCUACUACGGUGUUCGUACAGCUCAUCAUCGGUUUCCUGUGCCCGUUCGUCGUCAUACUUGCAUCUUACUUGGGCAUUGCGAGCUCCCUGGCGUACGCGAAAGCUGUGCAGCGACGACGCGCAUUCAAGUUCGCCAUUAUCGUCGUAAUGUUCUUCAACUGCUGGUUCCCGUAUAACAUCUGCCUCCUUUGGAGGGCAACCUCCUGGGUCCAGGAAUAUUCCUCGUGCCAAAUGGAGCAGAUGAGAGAGAGAUAUGCCAUCCCACUCACACGCAGCCUGGCCACCAUUAAUUGUUGCCUCAUUCCUUACAUAUAUGUGCUUAGCAAAAGGAGGUUUCAAGCACAGAUUAAAGCCAUAUGGAGCAAGGUCAUAAACAAGAAUUAAAGAUAACAUGGUUAUAUUUUAUAUCCAUGGUCAAGAGCCGCUCAUGAAUGGACCCAAACCCUCAAUGCCGAUUUACACAAGUCACAUUUGUGUUCACAUCUUUUCACUAGCUCUACUAUUGUGCAUCAAAUAUAUAUUUGCACCUUGAUGUGGUUGCAAAAUGUGUGUAUUUUCUUUCAUUUUUAUUUCAGAGAAUACAUUAACUGAACUACCAGUCACAAUGCCUAAUACAUUAAAACCACAGAAAUAACAAUGACAUACAACCUACCCAAAAUGUGAUCUACAUAAGGCUAGAAACAUCACAAACAGGACAUCAACAUGGUUCAAAACAAGUGCUGCUGUUUGGUCAUGACUUCCAAAUACUCAUGUUGGUAUUAUGUUAUCUUCGAGCUGCUAUUUUAUUUUACCAUAGUAGGAACACAUGCAGGAAGUGAUUCUGGAAAUGUAAAUUAUGUUCAAAACAGGCUACAAUUGAUUUAAUGUGUAAAUGCAUGUUGAUUUUGUGUACAAACCAGAGCAGAUAAAGAUUGAUUUUUUAAACUUUUUUUUUUUACUUUGAAGUUUAUAAUAUAGUUCUGUAUGUUCUAUUGUUUUUCUUUUAGAAUUCGAAAAAAAAUAUAGAGAAAUACGUUUAAAUAUAUUUAUUUAAAUGCGUAUUAGAUUUGUCGUAACAUUGCAAGGUUUUAAGACGCAAUAAGCCACACUGUAAUAACAACAGGCCGAGUAGGCCAUGAGUGCUGGUCAACAGUACUUUGGGUGACAAAUGCUGCCAAGUAUGCACCAUGGGCAGUGUCCACAAGAGGAGAAUGCUGACCGUAUAUACCUACCAUUUCAUAUACAGUACACAAUUCCUAUUUAUUUUCAUAUUCCGUAGAUGUUGCGUUUCACAUAAAUCUUCCUCCCCAAAAUUUUCAAACACUAUGGUACACAACUAUGGGACCUUUUUUUUACCAGGAGCAAAGUAAAACCUAUUAUUAUUUUUCAUACUAUGGUACCCUAGAUAAACAAUACUUUUUUCAUAAAAAAGCUAGUACGGUCACCUUGCUAUCAUGCUAUUUGUCAUCUAGAGAUAAAAUGGUUCAAGAAAAGCAUUGUUUUGCUUUAUGCUGCCCUGGGUGGCACUGAUAAGACAUUUUUGGGCAAUGCCUUGAGAGGAUCAGAAGGCCAGAAUGGAAGUUGAAUUGUAGGAAACCUGUUUACAUGAUUUUUUCACGUUAUUUAUUGGUUACAUACAGUUUUAAGUUUAUGUCAAUGUGUUUCGCUUAUUUUACAAAGCAUCGCCGUUGAACACUUUAUUCAGGACCAUGGUUUAUUCUUGUAGUUACACAAGUGUUACCAUAAUGUGUUUUGGUAAAACACCAGAAUAAAAAAAAAUGCAAGAAUCCACAUCAGUUGCAGGCAAUGUUUGCCGGUAUAUACAUGUGAAAAUAACAAUUUACUUAAGAGCACAACGGUGGUUAUAAAUGAAUAAUUUACAGCCCUUUGUUAAUCUACUGCUGGAUCAUGGCCUGCUGAAGCUGGCAACUGCUGUUAACCAUUGCCAGGAAUUGAACUUAGGCCACCAAGUUCAUUGCCAAGCACAUGAACCACUGCAACACAGGAGCUCCCCAUGCUUAUAUACCAGUGACGGAAUAUAUUGCAUAUGGAUGCUAUGCAGACUCCAGCUUAGGUUAAAAAAAACCCUUUGAAAAAGCAAAAUGCUUUAAUUUUAUUUUUAAAGAUUUUUUUAUGUUUUAUGAUUGGACACAGUCCCUAACAAUUAUUCCUCAGUUAUAAAUACACUCAUUUACUCAAGAUCAUACCCCACCCAAUCGCUGUGAUUGGCUAAUUUAUGCUUGUGUUUUACAUACCUUAUCACAAUGGAACUGCACGGGUUAUUAAUAUUUUAAAUGGUAUUCAGAAAAGAAAAACUAAGAAAGCACUGGGUAAUGCUGUACAAAGGGCAAUGAUGAAUUUGUUAUGAAGAUAGUUGCAUGUCAUUUACAUUGUAUGGACCCAUUGUGAA